CCUCCAGAAUGAAGUUUGCGUCGCUGAUCUUGGUGUUGAUGUUGGUCGUGUCUGCGGUCUUUGCCGAACCAGCACCGCAUAAGUACAAGAAAGGCGGCUUCGGUCGGUACCGUGGAGGCUUCGGUUACGCUCCCGUCAAGGUGAUUCCUGUCCACUAUCCAGUCUACGUCGGCGGCUACGGUGGUGGCUACGGUGGCGGCUAUGGUGGUGGCUUUAAUGGAGGCUUCGGCCAUGGUUUUGGCGGUGGCUUCGGCCAUGGUUUUGGCGGUGGCUUCGGCGGCGGCUACGGAGGCCUGUACGGCGGAAAUUAUGGAGGAGGUUACGGCUAUGGACGGUAAACUGAAUGGAAAUUUCUAGGCUUAUUUGAGGGCAUUGCCAGUGUUCUUACUGAGGCUGUGGCCACACUAUCCUGUGUUGGCUGUACUCAACCUUUACUGGUGUACAUGCUCGCUGCUACUACCAUCUCUGUGAUUUAUUCUCAUAAUUAUAC